UGAGCACGGCGACAGUGACCAUGGGCCCACCCGCUACACCGACCGACGACGCGCCAGCCUCUCGCGACCCGCCCUCGCCGCCCCUCGCCUCACCUCCUCGGACUCGCUCGUCGACCCACUCGUACCCGCCUCGGUCGGCCCCGGUAGAACGGCCAGUACCGCCACUCGAGCCGCCAGACCGCGGCAAGGCCGCCUACCUGUUCCUCCUCGGCGCUUUCUCCAUCGAGACGGUCGUCUGGGGCUUGCCGUCGUCUUAUGGCCUGUUCCUCGAGUACUACCAGCGCGAGGGCGUCAACGGCCAUGCCGCAUCAAGCUCGUUGCUGCCGCUCGUCGGAACCGUCUCGUCCGGUGCCAUAUACCUGCUCGGCCCGCCGAUCAGCUUCCUCCUCAACCCGAGACCGCGUUGGCGCCUCAACAUCAUCCGGGCCGGCGCCCUCAUCUGCUCCCUCAGCCUCCUGCUCAGCUCCUUCGCGACAGCGCCGUGGCAGCUGCUCCUCACGCAGGGCCUCCUCUACUCGAUCGGCGGCGCCAUGGCCUACUACUCGACCUUCUACUACCUCCAGGAAUGGUACGUCGAGCGGCGCGGGUUCGCCAACGGCGUCUGUUUCGCCGGUACGGCCGCGGGAGGCCUCGUCCUGCCCUUCAUCCUCCAGGCCCUCCUCGAGAAGUACGGCGCAGCCACCACGCUACAAGCUCUUUCAGUCUCGACGUUCGUACUCCUCGGCGCCGCCCUUCCGCUCGUUCGCCCUCGACUCCCUCUACCGCCCAAGAGCGCCGACAUGCGCCACGAGAAGAAGGAGGAGGACCCGCCUCGCGAGGACCGCGCCGUCGUCGACGAGCCGUCGCGCCCGCAGCAGCCUGAGAAGGUUACGGCCAAGCGCCUCUUCAAGAACAUCAAGCUGUGGGUGUUCCUCGCGGCAAACAUCGGGCAAGCGUUCGGCUACUUCGUCACGCUCCUUUAUCUCCCGACCUACGCCUCGGCCGUUGGUCUGUCGGGCGCAGAAGGCUCGGCCCUGCUCGCCUCGGUCAACGGCGCAUGCGUCCUGUCGCGCGUCGCCAUGGGCGUCCUGAGCGACAAGCACUCGCCGCAUCGCCUCGGCUUUGGGACCAUGCUCGCUUCGUCGGUCGCCGUCCUCAUCCUGUGGGGCGUAGCCUCCACCUCCCUGCCGCCUUUACUCGUCUUUUCGAUCGUCCUCGGCCUCGCCGCUGGCGGCUGGACGUCGCUGUACUCGUCCAUCAUCAACAGCGUCGUGCGGGACGACCCGGCCCUCGCCUCGCACCUAUUUUCGACCCUGUCCUUCACUCGCGGUCUCGGCGCCCUCCUCGUGGCGCCCAUCUCGACGGCACUCAUUGCGCACCCGCUUCACGGUGCGUCGGCGCACACGGCGUACGGCGCUGCGGGCGGCAAGUACGGCGGCGUCGUCCUCUUUGCCGGGCUCGCGAUGGGAGUGGCGGCCGGGUGCGAGGCGGUCGAGGCGCUCCUGCAUUGAGUCAGACGCUACUCU